AACAUCAAAAAGAUAUGCCAUGGGGCAAACAGUGAAGGAAGAUUCAAUGGAUACAGAGGAGGAGAAUCAAGAGAAUGCUUCCCAAUCAGAUGACUUUCACUGGGAUAAGUACUUGAAAGAGACCGGUUCUGAAAGUGCUCCUUUGGACUGUUUCAGACAGUCCCAGAUCCCACCAACUAAUGACUUCAAAGUUGGCAUGAAACUGGAAGCUCAUGAUCCUCGCAGUAUUACAUCAGUAUGUAUUGCUACAGUUGUGGGCAUAACAGGUGCCAGGCUGCGUUUAAGAUUAGAUGGGAGCGAUAACAGAAAUGAUUUUUGGAGACUUGUUGAUUCUUCAGAUAUACAACCUGUUGGGACAUGUGAAAAGGAAGGAGAUUUACUUCAGCCUCCACUGGGGUACCAGCUGAAUGUGUCAUCUUGGCCAAUGUUCCUCUUGCGGACACUAAAUGGAUCAGAAAUGGCACCUGCGACUUUUUUUAAGAAGGAACCACCAAAGCCACCUAUAAAUAACUUUAAAGUGGGAAUGAAGCUUGAAGCUGUAGACAGAAAGAACCCUUACCUGAUCUGCCCUGCAACUAUUAGUAAUAUUAAAGGAGAUGAUGUUCAUGUCACAUUUGAUGGCUGGAGUGGAGCCUUUGAUUAUUGGUGCAAGUAUGAUUGUCGAGAUAUUUUCCCAGUUGGAUGGUGUCGCCUGACAGGAGAUGUAUUGCAGCCACCAGGAAAUAAUGUUUGUACUUCAAAGACAACAGCCAAAGCACAGUCUUGCUCUUCCAAAGCAACUCAGCGUUCAAUGCAGACGUCACAGAAAACUGCUGUAAUAUUACCCACGCAGCAGGUCAAGAGAUCAGGUCGGACUAAAACGUCUGGCUCUUCUGUCUCCAAGAAGGGAAGUUCUGCUAAAACCCCUACACCGAGGAAAAGAGGCCCAGUUGCAGGAAAGAAGGAAAAGUCUCUUCUUUGUUCCACCUCUUCAGCUUCUAUCAAUGUAUUAAGCAGAGAUUGUGGCAAUUCAAAUCACAAGAAUGUCCUUCCUUCUAAAAUAGUGAUGUCGACAGUCUGUGUAUACAUAAACAAAAAUGGAAAUUCAGGCCCUCACCUGGAUCAGAAAAAAAUCCAGCAGCUGCCUGACCACUUUGGCCCAGGUCCGGUGAACGUAGUGCUGCGGCGGACGGUACAGGCCUGUGUAGACUGUGCCUUUGAACGGAAGACCGUUUUUGGAUUUCUUAAACCGGACCAUCGUGGCGGAGAGGUGAUAACUGCCUCUUUUGAUGGUGAAACUCAUUCCGUCCAGCUCCCUCCAGUGAACAGUGCGUCAUUUGCUCUUCGCUUUCUUGAAACCUUCUGCCACAAUCUAGAAUGUGAUAAUCUUUUGAGUAGCCAACCUUUUAGCUCAUACAGAGGUAAUGCCCACAACUCUUCUGCAGAGCAUGAUAAAAAUAAAUCAGAAAAAGAAGACUUAGAAAAGAAAACUACUAAACGACCUUCUGAGCAAUCGCCACCUUAUGUUGUUCCACUCCCUCCCAAGCUAACCAAAACCAAUGUGUAUGUCUCUAAAGAAGAAUCCUUGUCUUCUGAGGGAAAUGACAUAUACAAACUGCUUACUGAAAGUCCCAAGAGUUCAACACUAAAUCUAGUGAAAUAUUUUAGUACUGCCUGCAGAAGUUCUAUAAGCUCUCAUACUGCAGUUUCCAAGAAUUUUCCUCCAAAUAAACCAGGCCCCUCAAGUUUAUUACUGUUGGGGGCCAAAUCAUCUUCCAGGAGCAGCCACCAUGAAGUUAAAUUCCAAAAGCAAAGGAAAAGUGAAGCUUCAAAUUAUAUAGCUGACCCCAGUGACCCGAAACAAGGUUUCUGUAAGGACCCUUCAACCUGGUCUGUGGAUGAAGUGAUAGAGUUCAUGAAAUACAAAGACCCUAAGAUGUGGGAUUCUCUCGCUAACCUCUUCAGGCAACAGGAAAUUGAUGGGAAGGCUCUACUACUACUAAAAAGUGAUGUUGUGAUGAAGUACAUGGGCUUAAAGCUGGGACCAGCCCUAAAAUUAUGUUCUUACAUUGAAAAACUUAAAGAAGGAAAAUAUAAUUGAAAAAUUCUGUAAGU